CACUGGUGCACCUUCCUGUGUUGUUGUUGUCUGACAUAUUGUCCGAGUGGGACCAUUGCCACAGGGGGAGAUUUCUAUAACCAGCCUCAGCGACCAAAAUGUCGUCCCUAUUGAAGCCGUUUUCGGUGUGUGAGGGACCGUGCGAUAGCUGCGGUGUGAGGAGAGGAUGCCGGAGCUCAACUCCACAUCAGCAGCCUCCGUCUCAGCGUCUGGCCGCCGCGGCGGGGCUGGGCUUCUUGCCGGCCCACCAGCUGCCUUACGCGGCGAGGAGAAACCUCGCGGCUGCUGCAGUCGGGGGGAGGAAAAUCACGCAUCCUGGAAAGGCCAUCCUUGCAGGUGGCAUUGCAGGAGGAAUAGAGAUCUGUAUCACCUUCCCCACAGAGUAUGUCAAGACCCAGCUGCAGCUAGAUGAGAGAGCCAACCCACCGCGAUACAGAGGGAUCGGCGACUGUGUGAAGUUGACUGUGCAAGAUCACGGGCUCAGAGGGCUGUAUCGAGGUCUCAGCUCCCUGCUCUAUGGAUCGAUACCCAAGUCUGCAGUGAGGUUUGGCACUUUUGAGAUUCUCAGCAACCCAAUGCGAGACGCCACAGGUCGGCUAGACAACACGCGGAGCCUCUUGUGUGGUUUAGGAGCAGGUAUAGCGGAGGCUGUCAUGGUCGUCUGCCCCAUGGAGACACUCAAGGUGAAGUUGAUCCAUGACCAGUGUUCGCUCAGACCUCGCUACAGAGGCUUCUUUCACGGAGUCAGUGAGAUUAUCAGAGAACAGGGUGUGAGGGGGACGUAUCAAGGUCUGACAGCGACUGUGCUCAAACAAGGAACCAAUCAGGCCAUCCGAUUCUAUGUGAUGAACGCGCUGCGCAAUUGGUACAAAGGUGACGACCCAGGACGAGACAUGCACCCAAUUGUCACGGCGAUGUUUGGAGCGACGGCGGGAGCAGCCAGUGUUUUUGGAAAUACACCUCUGGAUGUGGUAAAGACCAGGAUGCAGGGUUUGGAGGCCCACCGCUACAAAAACACAGUGGACUGUGCCUUCCAGAUCCUGAAGCAUGAAGGACCACAGGCGUUCUACAAAGGAACAGUUCCCCGGCUUGGCCGCGUGUGCUUGGACGUGGCCAUAGUCUUUGUCAUCUAUGAGGAGGUGGUCAAACUACUCAACAACGUGUGGAAGACCCAGUAGACCGGCCAGACGGCGACAGAGGUCCAGAGGGAAGCACAGACCAGUGCCUCAUGCUACGCACAACUGAACACCUCUAUUCUAGUUCAUACUAGUCUCUGCAUUGCCCUGGGCAGAUGGCACUUCAUCAUUACCAGCUCCCACUCUGUUACAUAAAAAUAAAUGCAGGACGUAUCCUUAAAAACGGUGAUAAAAAGGGAGGGAGAGGGGCUCAGUUUUGCAUUUCUCCGCUUUCUCUUUUGUGGUCACUUAGGAAUCAAGAGGGAUCAUUUUAUUUUGGAUGACAGGAAAAGGCAAAGUCGAAUGUUUCUUGAGUCUUAUUACCAGAAAAAGUAUUUAGAGAAGAAACACGCAUAUGAUUAUUAUUAUUAUUACCAAAGGUUCACAUUAGAGGGAGGAGAAAAAAAAACUUGGUUAAGAAAGGGAUAUUACGUAUGUCUAAUGUUUUAGCUUUCAAUGACUGUUGUUAUCGUACAGAGUUGUAGAGUGAACACUUUGUACUGAAACCAUAAACGUGUCUUUUGAUUCACGGAGUACUUACUAUACUGAGCGAAGAACAGAGAUGCUACUGGACAGAAACGAGCUUGCUGCAGUACUUUAAAAUGUCUGUGCAGUACUUUUACACUUUGUGUUGUAAUUGCUUACCUGACUGUGCUUGUAGUGUUGGCUCACUAAAACAUUUGCGGUAUUUCCUCGCUGUGUCUUGGUGAUGAACUUUCGAUUCGGUUCAUUGUGCAUUUAAUGGCCUGCUGCUGAGUAUGGCUGCAUUGAUCUGGAUGUGGCAUCUGUCCUGCUACCUGCCGACUGAUAACAGGACUCGCAGGCUUGUCAAGGCUACACAAACUGGUCUGGAGUCAGUGUGGAGUGUUACAACCUGAUACAAGUAGUCAUGAAGCACACAUUGUAGGAAACAAAUCCAUAUGUAGCACUAUCUUUACAUGCAGUCUGAAGAGGAGAUGCAAGUCGUUAACAGAAGUUAGUGAGCUCGUUAUUACACUUUAAACAUCAGACAGGUUACUGAGCGCUUCGGUAGGUGGUUGAGUUCUCUACAGCUGCAUGUGAAGGCUUUCUUUUGAAAUAUUUGACCAGUAAUGCUUUGUUCAGAACCUCAGUCAGUCUGCUAUUUCCAAGCAGGUGCUGAAACAUAAGUAAAUUAAAUUCUACUCAAGAUGAGAUGACAACAUGUCCGACUAUGUAAGCCAUAUGACUUCAGUGCGCUUGAGCCUUGAGUGUUUCUUGUGCUUUUGAUUUAUUCAUCCAACAGACUGUCCUCUAGUCUGAUAUUAUGUCACUUUGAUAUUCUUUGUUUACCUCAAGCUAACCUGCUUCACAAGCCUUUUUUAUGCUAACCAAUGAAAUUUGCAAUUUGAACUUUGAAUGCACUUAUUCUUGUCUAAUAAAGUGUUUACAUGUGUUGAGCGACAAUAAGGGAAAGAGAGAUAUACCAGAGGCUCGAUAACAUAAGUGGCUGGUAUUUAAGCAAGGCUUGGUUUUGAUGGACCUAGUUGCACCACACAAGCCUUUUUACUCCUCUUUGCCAAACUACUUCAGUAGAAUCUCCAAUGUAGUAUCCCUGAUAGGAGCAAAUCUUUAUUACAUUUUAAACAAAGAGCUACAUAAUAUUAUUUAAUCUUUACUGUUUUGUUUUCAUUAACUAACGCACAUUUUUACUGUAUAUAAUCUUUGCUGCUUUUCAUAAAAAGGCCAACAGCAUGUGUACCUCAUCGUACAACAUAUCAGAUUUGAUCAUUCACGUUUCAGAACAUCCUGUUGUGCAGAAUGGGGGAAUUUUGUGGAAUAUGUUAGUAGGACGUCAGAAAAAAAUUAUGACUUACAUGAUCAGAUGUGGAAACCUCUGGGAA